AUGACGGACGUUUUAAUAUUCGAAGUCCUCAAGAUCUUCCUCGUCAACCUGGCGUUCAUCUUCGGCAUUUUGGGGUGUCGCGCGAAGCCACCCGCCCGGGAAUUCAGGCGUGUCGACCCGCAGGCGCCGCCCGAUAUUUUGCUAGUUGGCUCGGGCACUCACGAUGAUGACACACUCAGACAAGUUGCCAGCAUCCGGGACGAGCGCAGCGACAAGAAACCGAAACGGGCCCGGGAACGUUUUUCGGCCCUGAUGCCGCUGAACGUGGCCCCGUCCAGGUCGAACGAGCCGGUGAUCGGC